GUCAGUGACGCGCAGAACUUGGCAGCUGGACUUUCGGAUAUAGUAGUCCUCUUGGAACGUCCACGUGACAGAAGAUACCACAAAUUCGACGUCAGUUUUGAGAACUUCGUCAAAAGCAGCAAGACACUGUUAGCCGUUGACGAACUCAUUCGUUUCGCUAGUAAAGGUGCUCGAAGCAUCUAUACUGUUACUGUACUGAACGCAUUCUCGUAUCAACCCGAGAAGAAAGUAUCAGAGGAAGAUAAUCAACAAUGUCAUGAUGCUCUUGGCCAAAUUUUAAAGUCAAAGAGACCAAGGGUUGUGUUGAGAUGUCACCGUGAAGCGUAUGUCAAUGAAUGGCUGAAGCAUAUUGAGCAGCCAGGUGAAAAUUAUCAACUGAGACGCAAGGAAAUCUCCGUGCUGACCGAACCACCCGGGAAUUACGUUGUAUCCUAA